AUGUCUUACAACCCCAAUACCUCUGCUGCUGCUGCCACAGCAAAUCAGGCACUCAUUGUUCUUCUGGACACAUUGAAUGAAUUGGUUGAACAGGUGCUCUGCUUACAGUCAGAAGAAGAUAAAAUGAGAUUGAGCUGCACCAUUGCUUUUCAAUUGAACAAUGCAGUCCAUUCCCACCUCACACUUGCCACCUACAUCCCCCUUUGCCUGAUGUCAAUGGCAGCUGAGGUCCAUCACUCUCAAAGGGGCACUGCACAACUGGUGCAAGUGUCAGAUUGGAGUCGGGUUGGGAACAACAAGGACAUUUGCCAGGAUCAUCCCUUAUACUCAAAGACACUUGACCCAUCGCCUACUAUCACCAUUCCUGCUGGCUCAACCUCAGCACCUGCACUGGCAGGCUCAUCCUCUGCGCCUGAACCGGCAGGCCUAAGUACACUGGCACUGGCAGGUCCAUCCUCUGCGCCUGAACCUGCAGGCCCAUGUACACCAGCACCGGCAGGUCCAACAUCUUCACUGGCACCAGCACAAACCUCAGUGUCUCCAAUCACCACUUUGCCAGUUCCCAGUAUUGUCAUCAACAUCCCUGGUGUCAAGUCCAAGCGAAUCUUGAGUGACACCAACACUGAUAGUGAUGGAGUUCACAUUGAAAAAGGACAUGAUCAGGUAAAGGGCACAGGAAAGGCAAGAGUGAGGUCACCAUCAUCGGAUGAUAAUACCCAGGAAAUAACGAUGAAAGAUGCCACUCAUGAUCCGGAAGUCAAUCCAUGGCAACAGACACAAAAUCUGCUCAAAAAGAAAAUACCGGUUGUCGACAUCCGGACUCGGCCGAUGCCACCUUCAAAUACCAGAAACGAGGCUGCUGACCAUGCAGAAUGCAAGCCUGAGGAAGAUGUGGAGUCUAUUGGCGACAAACAAAAGUUAUGUCUUGACCAGGUCAAAGACACGAAACCAUCUAUGUCAGAUGCCCAGCAUUUAGGAACAGACAAGGACAAGAAGGGGAAGCAUCCACAGCCAGUGAGACAUCCUGUCAUUACCAUCCGGACAGCUCAUACUCAUCCUUCACAGCAACCCAUCAGUUCAUCUAUUCGACCAUGUACGAGAUGCAUCGCAAUGGACGUAGAAUGUCAGAGCUGGCUCACUAAAAAGGGCCUGGUAGCCUGUACUUGUGGGGAUUGCAACCAGUGGAGGAUGAAAUGCAUCCGGCCAAUGCAACCGGACGUGCCUGCAAUCACUGUGCCCAUACUACUGGUCGCACCCAUUACCACUCGCUUGAAGGCUACCAGAGUAGCAAAGCAGGCUAAGCAGUCUAGGCAAUGCAAAGGCAAGUCUGUCAUGUCUGGUUGUGUCCCUACUCAGUCAUUCUUUGUCAUAGAUACUCAACAGCCUAGUCCUAUCCCGGAGAAACCUAAUGCUGAUGUCGAGAUGCUCAAUGAUGCUCCUACUGUGCCAAGUGCCGCCCCAGUGCCAUCUGAUGAUGAUUUCCCCAAGAACCAUUGGAUUGAACCAUGGAUGAUAGUAUCCUACCUCCCACACCAUUUGAGGAGACACCAGAUGAGGUCCGGUACACUCCUGUCUAUCCGGCUUGCACUCAAAGGCCCCCCUCCCCUGCCACCACUUCCAUGCCCAUUCAGUCUCAUCAGCCUCCCCAUCAUCUAA